AAGCACUUAUUAGGGGAACGCUGAGUUACAACAUAGAUUACGAUAGGAUGCAGUGAAAAUCAAUUUUGGAGCGAAACCGUAUUACGUAUUGUGUGGUGCUACUGAAGAAACCUGCUCUCACUCAGAUCUCGCCGCCUUUGCGAUCGAGUUAGAAUCGAUGGGAACGCGAGCUUGUGGAGACGAAGAGGAUGAGGAGCUAUUCGGUGGUGGAACCACCAUUUCCGGCCAAUCAGCCUCCACCAGCAGAAGCGCUGGCUUGCCGCCACCCGCCGAUAACACUUUUCUCAAAUUAAAUCAACUUGACAUUCACGCAGACGAUGCUGGAUCGCACGCAGCAGUUGCUAGCAAGAAGAAAAAGAGAGGACAACGUGCAGUUGGAGGUGAUAAGAGUGGAAGAGGGCUCCGCCAAUUUAGUAUGAAAGUGUGUGAGAAGGUAGAAAGCAAGGGAAGAACAACUUACAAUGAGGUGGCAGAUGAACUUGUUGCUGAAUUUGCUGACCCAAGCAAUAGUGUUUUGUCCCCUGAUCAGCAACAAUACGAUGAGAAAAACAUUCGUCGAAGAGUCUAUGAUGCUCUAAAUGUUCUCAUGGCAAUGGAUAUUAUUUCUAAGGACAAAAAGGAAAUACAAUGGAAGGGUCUUCCUCGUACUAGUUUGAACGACAUUGAAGAACUAAAGACUGAGCGUCUUGGGCUCAGGAAUAGAAUUGAAAAAAAGGCAGCCUAUCUGCAGGAGCUCGAGGGUCAAUUCGUAGGUCUUCAAAACCUUAUUCAACGAAAUGAGCAACUAUAUAGCUCAGGAAAUCCUCCCAGUGGAGGUGUAUCUUUACCUUUUAUUUUGGUACAGACACGUCCUCAUGCAACUGUUGAAGUGGAAAUAUCAGAAGAUAUGCAGCUUGUUCAUUUUGAUUUCAACAGUACUCCUUUUGAGCUGCAUGACGACCAUUAUGUUCUCAAGGCAAUGAAAUUCUGUGAGAGACCACAGGGUGAUAAUUUGACACACAAUCUUACUGAUGGAGGUGAAGGUUCUAGCAUGUCCGGCUUGUGUCAGUCACAGGUUCCUCCUUCAGUUUCAAAUGUGUCCAUUCGGCCUCCCUCAUCACCACCGCUUCCUGGCAUAUUAAAGGCAAGAGUCAAGCAAGAGCACUAAGAUGCAAGUUUAUCAUAUGGUCUUGCCUUAAUCAUGUCUGUAUAUUUUGUAAAGAAAUUUGUCGAAGUUGAUAGACCUUCAUAGUAGUUACUCAUCAGUAGAGCCAAGUCAUUCUGUAGGUUAAAAGCUGAUCAGUCUGUUUGCUUUUUUGUGGUUAGCGGUAGUCAAUGGCAAAUUCUUCGUUCAUCAUGUGUCAUUUAUUACCUUAACUGAUUUUUUGUUUCCCUACAUAUAUUUUCGCUGUAAUUUUUUCCCCUUUGUAGUUAGACAGAAAUCGGUUUGUACUAGUCCUAUAGAUCAUAGAAUGGAAUCCAACAGCAUGGGAUUAAUUUUGGAAUUCGCUGAUUUAUAGUGCAAACUGUAAACUUUUCCAGCUAAGUUGGUAUCUGG